CCAGUGUUCAGUAUGAUGAUGAUGAGUAGGAGGAGGAGGAGGAGUAUGAUGAGUAUGAUGAAGAUCUCGGGUCAGCUGCUGCUGCCGCUGCUUUCACGUGAACUACACGCUGAGACGCGCGUCUUCUCCCGUGUGUGUAUAAUUCAAAAGAAAUAACCGUGAAUCGCUGCCGCCAAACGGUUUGCUGUGGAUUGCACGACAUCUCCUCGGGAUUAAAAUGGUCAUCAAGGUUUACGUCGCCUCUUCAACUGGUUCUGUAGCGGUAAAAAAGCAUCAGCAGGAUGUCGUGGGAUUCCUCGAGGCCAAUCGAAUUAGCUUCCAGGAAGUUGACAUCACCAUGCUGGAGGAGCAGAGGCUCUGGAUGUACAAGAACAUACCUGAGAACAAGCAGCCAGAGAGAGGAAACCCGCUGCCUCCACAAAUCUUCAGCGAGGAUUGCUACUGCGGGGACUAUGAAGACUUUUUCCAAGCAAAGGAGAACAACGCUGUGUUUGCGUUCCUGCGCCUCAGUUCCCAACCAUCAGUAAAAGAUUCAACGUCGUAGAAAGCGACAGCUGCAUGGUGAGCGACAACCGGGUAACCUUUUAAAAUAUGGCGACACACACGGAACACACACAUCUUGUGUUGCGUCACCAGCUCGUUCACCAUGGUCUUUCUGCUGCUAUGGUGCCACCAAUUUGCCGAACGUCAGCUCCUCCCGGCUUUUUCUUCUGUGUGGGACCUUUCCUGACCUUGAAAGAGACUGUGAAACACAACAUUCCACCCGGGACUGAAGGCUUCCAACGCGCGUCUGAUUCUCAAGAAGAGGCCACUAAAUGGUGGACGGCAGCUCAGUGGUCGAGCGAGUCGUCUUCUACGUGCUGAUGUGUCCUUGGGCAAGACUCCUAACCCCACGUUGCCCCUGAUGUCUGUUAAUGGGGUAUGAAAGAUGAAUGAUUGAACAAUGCACUGCACAUAGAUGAAUGGGUGAAUGGCAACAAUGUCGCGUAUAAAGCAGCUUCGAGUGAUCUAUAUAAAUCCAAACCUUCUACCAUUUAAACCACAGAAGAGGACCAACGACACAGAGCAGAGGGAAGAAAUGUUCAGGUGUGUGUGUGUGUGUGUGUGUAUGUGUGCGUAUGCCCUAGUGUGUAUGUUUCUGUUUCCAUCAGCAGCUUUUAAUGAAGGUUGUGUUAAGUGAGAGCUCAGAGGCAGCACUUAAUGCAACCUGAAACAUCCCAAGGCUUAGAAAUUAUUUUUGGAUGUGUGCGCGCGGAUGAGAUCAAAUUCUAGUCAUUCUAGUUUACACAUACAUAUAUAUAUAGAUAUAUAUAUUUACAUACAGUAUAUAUCUUAUUGCCAGCCUUUAUAAUGUGUUUGUAGUCACUGUCAAUAAAUAAAAACACAAAACCUU